AUGCUCAAGAGGCGCGUCCACCGCAUCGCGGCAAAAACGCUGAGCGCACUGGAGCAAUGUGGAAACGACGCGGCGAAGGCACACAAGAUCCUCCGCGGAAUCCACCCCCCUGCCGUGAAUGAAAAAGGUGCAGUAUACCUCACAAAGGGAGAGUUGCGGUUUAUUGGGCGCAACGACAUGGAUAUUAUGCGAAUCACAAAGGUGUGGUUGAUGUUCCAGCAGAUGAACCUUGUCUACGACGAUGGUUUUAUUCCAGCCACGACGUUCGGUGUCACUGAACGUCACUGA